AUUUGUUGUGUUUUAAUGGGAUUUAUAUAGUUGACAUGACUAAAGGGGGUGUGGAAGAUAAUGUUGUUCUGUCCAGUGUGAAUGUGAGUAAUGUUGAUAAGAUGUUGGCACCAAAUUAUAAUGGGAAUUUAAAGGGCAAGAACAGUUUGGAGAGUGAGCUCGAGUCGAUACUUGUGAGGCAGCAGCAACGUCAACAUAAUCGUGAUUUAGUUGGUGAACGGGAGAGGGAUUUGAAUUUAUCGAGGAGUGGUAGUGCUCCUCCUACUGUCGAAGGAUCGUUGAGUGCUGUUGGAAGUUUGUUUAGGAAUUCCAAUUUAGCACAAUCUAAUAGUAGUAACAACAGCAAUGGUGGUGGUGGUGGUGGUAAUUCCAGCAAUGACAUUUUGACAGAAGAGCAAAUUCGAUCACACCCUGCGUACUUAGCGUACUAUUACUCAAAUGUCAAUCUUAAUCCUAGAUUGCCCCCACCGUUGAUGUCUCGAGAAGAUUGGAGAAUUGCUCAGAGGGUUCAGGCAGGUGGAUGUGCUUUUAUGAGCAAGAAUUUGAUGGAACAAGGUGGUGGUUCAUCAUUGUUCGCGAUGCAGCCUGGUUUCCCUAUACAGAGGGCGGAAGACGAGUUGAUAAAGCUGAGGAAGACUGCUGCAAGGAAUCUUUCACGAGGAACAUUGGAAUCGAACACUGGAAUUGGUAUGAGGAAAAAGAGUUUCGCGGACAUAGUUCAGGAAGGACUUGACCAAUCUGCACUCUCGUCUGCUGAUCUUUCACACGCUGAAAGCACAGAACACACAAAGACAUUGCUCACUGGAAAUGCUCCUCCCGGCUUUUCUGGAUUGGAAAAGAUUCAGAAUCCUAAUCCACAUCACCCUGAUUCUUCUGCAUCUGCUAUCAAUUCACCGAUAAGAAGGAGUGGAACACCUGAGCCUCGUUCAUUUACAAGAUCACCUAGUCCCAAGAUUUCAAUUGACAUAACUAGCUCAAAAGGCCUCAAUGCUGAUGUAUCUGAUCUUACUGCCUCAUUAUCUCGCCUUCAACAUGACGAUAAUAUGCAGCAGACUUGGCUUCAAAAUAGACUAUCAAAUGGUUAUAGGCAGGGCGUGCAACAUCAACUAAAUGAAUACUAUGAAGCUGAAAAUUUAGGUACUGUUUCCGAUUAUGCUGACCAUAAUUCCACAUUCUACCUUGAUGGACAUACGGAUUACCUCAGUCCUGAGUUUGUGAGUCAAAACUCUAGAGUCCAACACUAUGUCAAUAACAAUCACGUUGUAAAUUCUACCGGAUAUUUACCUGAUGGAUACAAAUAUAAUCCGAAGAUGGUGUUGAAUAACAAUCUUGGUUCUCAUUUAAAUGGUGUCAAUGGGAAUGGACGCCAUUUGAGGAGUGAGCCGAAAUAUGCAACUUCUCAUGGCAAUACAGACUUAAAAGUUCUUGGAACAAUGUAUGCUGAUGCAUCACUCCCGCAACAGAAGCAACAAUAUUGCCCUUCCUUAAUACGUAAUUCUUGCAGUUUAACGGAUAGGUAUCAUGUGAUUCAUGCUCUUGGCUCAGGCCAAGAGAAUAAAAUAGCAAACUCAUUGUAUGUGACAGUAGGAUCUAGAAGUCCUAUGUAUCAGAGUGAUCCUCUCCCACAGAUUCCUCCUGCCUUGAGAAAUUCUACCGAUGAAUCUAAAAGUUCACGGCAUUCGGAGAACGUUGCUGAUGGAAGUGUUUUACCGUCCCUGCUGGACGAUCUCAAGAACAACCCCAGGUCGUUGGAUCUUUUGGACGUUCUCAAUCAUGUUGUCGAGUUCAGUAAGGAUCAGUAUGGGAGUCGAUUUAUUCAAAAGAAGCUGGAAACUGCCAGUGUCGAAGAAAAGAUGAAGAUAUUCCCAGAAAUUCUUCCUCAUUCUCACAGUUUAAUGACAGAUGUCUUUGGGAAUUAUGUCAUACAAAAGUUCCUCGAGCAUGGAACGGAGAGUCAAAGAAAGGAACUAGCAAGGCAACUUCUUGGUCAUGUUUUGCCUCUGAGUCUUCAAAUGUAUGGUUGCAGAGUUAUUCAGAAGGCUUUGGAAGUCUUUGAUGUGGAACUGCAGAAGCAAAUGUCUACAGAACUAGAUGGCUAUGUGAUGAAAUGUGUUCGUGAUCAGAAUGGUAAUCAUGUUAUUCAGAAGUGCAUAGAGUAUGUACCUCAAGAUCGAAUUCACUUUAUUGUAGCUUCCUUCUUCGGGCAUGUUGUGUCUCUAUCAACACAUCCUUAUGGCUGCCGUGUCAUUCAGCGAGUCCUUGAGUACUGCAAUAACCCGGAGACACAAAAGACCAUCAUGGAUGAAAUAAUGCAGGCUGCUGGUACUCUAGUGCUGGAUCAGUAUGGAAACUAUGUCAUUCAGCAUGUACUCCAACAUGGUAAACCACAUGAGAGGUCUGAUAUAAUAGGCAAGCUUACUGGACAAAUUGUAAAGAUGAGUCAGCACAAGUACGCUUCUAAUGUCGUUGAGAAGUGCUUGAUUUUUGCAACUUCAGAGGAGCGUCAAAUUCUGGUGAACGAAAUGCUUGGUUCAACACAAGAAAAUGAGCCUCUACAGGCUAUGAUGAAGGAUCCAUUUGGUAACUAUGUAGUACAGAAGGUUCUUGAGACAUGUGAUGAUCAAAGUCGUGAACUAAUUCUUUCGCGUAUUAGAAUACACCUUACUGCCCUCAAGAAAUACACUUAUGGAAAACACAUUGUAUCUCGUGUUGAAAAACUCAUCGCGACAGGAGAGAAACACGUGGCGUUAUCGAUGAAUUCUUCUCGAGGCAAUCCAGUUUUGAAGAACUGAAGACAAUUUUUUUUUUGUGUACAGCUUGUAAAUAAGCAACAAUCCAGUUUUGCUUCUGCCAAAAUAAUUGUAAAUGGAAACUCUGUAAUUAUUUUUUGGGUAGUGAAAUGAGGCAACUUAUUAUAUGCUAGUUGCUACAUGUUUUUUUGGAACUAUUGUAAAUAAGCUGAUAC